AUGUCAACUCCACGAGGCGACAGUUCGAAAAAUCCGAAAACUAUUUAUGACGACGAUGACGAUAACGACUACGAUGAUAAAUACAAGAAAUUUACAGAUCCAAAAGAAGCAGCAAAACACACUUUUCAAAAUGUAGAUCGAAUCUUGGGAUCCACAGGUAGCACGAGUCUGUCUAGAAGAGAAACAAGUGUAAGAAAUUCAUUACAACAACAAUCACAACAUUAUGGAACAUUACAAAUAAGUGGUGAAGUUGAUGAUAUUCAUCCCAUUCAGAACUUCACAAAAGUUGGUGGUGACAAUCAAGAGAUCAAAAAGAAUAAUAUGCAAAAAAAAGUUAUCACUUCGGGAUGGGGAUAUGUGAAAGAUUUCUUUUAUAGUUUAAUGUUCAGUUUGAUCUAUGUGACAUCGGAUACAAAAAAGAGAUGUACGAGUUUCCUUGUUGGUUUAAUCACCAUUGCCAUUGUGGUAUUUGUCGUCAGUAUUCUCUACAAUUCCAUUCUUAAGGCGAAUUUGAUUUUUCUUAAAUUGUCUGAGGACAAUGUUGGAGAUGCCGAUAUCAUGUUCACACCAAAAUUUACUAACUCAACCACAAUACCUUUUAUUAAUCACACAGAGGUAGUCAGGAAACUCAAUAACAACCCUUUCAUAGUUGGAACAAGCCCUCGAUGGAUUUUAUAUGCCAAUCUUCAAAAUAGAGAUCAUCCAGAAAAGAAUUUAAGUGGAAUUUUAUUAAUUAUCGACACAGAAAGAGAAGAAAAGUUAGGAAUUGGCCGUAUUUGGCCAUACCGACCAUUAGGUGAGGGCGAAAUGCAUGUUCGAGAUUCUAUUCUUCGUGCUAUAGAUAUUGUACCUGAUCGUGGAAAACGUGUGAAUAUGGUUGUUGAUUUUGCAAGUUUGGCAAGUGCCUUUUCUGGAUCGGAUGAAUCGAUUUCACAGGGCGUCACACCAGAUCAAAAAACCAUCAACCAAACCGAAUUAUUGAGAACCUUAUUUGAAGCAUCAGGGUUUAACUUUUCUCAAAUCAUUACGGUCAAUAUCACACAAGUAGCAAAUCAAUUAGGAAUUCAAAUUCCACCACCUCUCAAGCCCUUCAUUAAUGCAUUUGGAAUUAUUACAAUUACAGGAGAACAGGCAUUUCAAGCAAUUGCAACCACAUUGGGAGGAGGAAAUUUCUCAGAUUUAAAUUUGAAAGUGGAAGGAGAAUAUACGGUAGUGAGCUCAAUUACUUCCAAUUUUGCAAAAUAUCCAGGUGCUUUGGGUAAUAUCAUGAUGAUUGACAGUUCCUAUGUGGGCAAAGUCAUUGGCCAAUCACUAUUCCGAUCUCCAGCUAUUCAAUUAUUAUUGGAGCUUGCUGGAGAAACACAACGUGUGAAAAACUUUUUCAACACCUUUCCGAUCGACCAGUAUGCGCUAACGGCAGUGGGAAGGUUUAAAGAUCGAUUCCCGGCCUAUUUGAAGAGUGACAAUGAACGAACAGACCAAAUGAUUCAAAUUACUAAUGGUAUGGUGGAUUCUCUUGGAGUCUCUUAUCCAGUUGCCUAUACGCUUCCACUAUUGAGUGCAUUGUCAGCCACUAAAUUCAUUUCUCUCUUCAUUGACCAAAUAUUCAUUGGAGUGGUUGUCAUGUUAGCAAUUUUGGGUGUCGUCUUAAUUUUUGCACUGCUUCUUUCCAAUGUGGAAGAAAAGACGUACGAGUAUGGUAUGCUUCGAGCUUUGGGAUUGAGACAAUAUUCCCUCAUUCAGGUUAUUUUAGCUCAAUCCAUGUAUUUUGCAAUUCCUGCCAUUAUUAUUGCCAUGAUUUUGGCUUUCUUAGUGAAUAUACUUGUAGAAUACAUUCUACAAGUGGUGAUCAGCACUCCAUCGUUGAAUUUACUCUUCUUUUGGGGUGCAGUGGUUGUACCAAUUGCACUUGGACUUGGAAUACCAAUUGUUGCAAACAUCAUUCCAAUUCGACAUGCCAUGAGUCGAACGCUGAGAGACAGUCUCGAUAUUGCUCACCAAACAUUCAAUGAGACAACUGUGAAAAUGAUCAAACUUGAAGAGCUAGGUCUGGAACCUUGGCAAACAGGUGUCGCUAUCAUGUUGGUCGUUAUUGGUUUUGUUGUGUAUUACAUGAUUCCGUACUCAUUUAUAUUUACUGAUCUACCUCUAUUUUUCUUCAUUUUGAAUGCUAUCUUGUUGGGAAUGUUAUUGGGAUUGUGUGUGAUUGCAGUGGUGAUUCAACCAUUCUUUGAGAGACUUGUGUUGAAUAUUAUUUUGUGUGGACAUGAAAGAAGAUUGAAAACAUUAAUUUCAAAGAAUUUGGCAGGACAUCGUAAACGUAGUAGAAAGACCUUUUUAAUGUUCACACUCUCUGUGGCAUUUAUUAUCUUUGCAGGUGUGGUCUUUUCAUUGCAAUCGGCAAACAUUAGAGCCAAUGUGGAAAGUUUCCUUGGAGCAGAUGUUGUCGUUCUAUCAACCACUUCUUAUUACUCGUUACCAAAAGAUAAGUUAGAUGCUGUCAUUGCAUUGCAAAACCAAAAUCAAACCGAUGGUCCUCCUAUUGUUGGUUAUGCCUAUCAAUCAGCCACACUGAAUAGUUAUCAAUAUAUGAAUGAUGUGAGAUUUUCCUCUCUUGCAUAUUAUCCAUCACGAAAAGUGGCAGUUUCAGCAAUUGAUAGCAACUUUUUGAGCGUUGUGAAGAAUCAAUAUUUCCUUUAUACCUAUGUGGAUAAGAAUUUUGAUUAUAACAUGACGAAUGGUAAACCUGACGUUUUUCAGAGCUUGUACACGAAUGCAGGUCAAGCAUUGGUCGAUGGAGAAAAAGUUGGAUUUGCUCCAUCGAGAAUUUUCAGUGGUGUGAAAUUAUCACUUCCAAGCAAUGCUUCUCUCUCGUUUGAUCCUACCUCACAAUAUAGACAAUAUUUGGAUAUUAUUGCAUCAGAGGCCAUGCGACCAUCUGUUGGAAUUGGAAUCAAGACACCUGUCGACCUUCGAUUUUUCACACGAAAUAAGAAAACUUCAGCAACCAGUCAAGUCGAUUAUAUUGGAAAAACUCGUUGCUUGGCCUACAAGAUUCCUGGAUUUUUCAUGUCAUCCUAUGAAUUGACUGCAUCUGGUUCACCUGUUCUUGUUACUAUGGAUUCCUAUAAGAAAGUGGCUGCUAAAGCCGCACAAUCGGUUGGAAGCACCUUUGAUGGAGUAAUUAAUUAUUCAAAACUCUUUGUCAAACUGAAGGAUGCCAUUUCAACGACCAAAUUGCAAGACACUGUCAAUGCUCUACAAGCGAGUGUGAACUCUGAUUUCACAAAUAUUCAAAAUGUGAGAGAUCUAGUGGGAAGCACUGGAACAGCAACACUUGUAUUGAUGGCAUUCUUCAACAUUGUAGCAGCCAUUGCCAUUAUUUUAUGUUUCUUCAUGCUUGCUGUUUCCUUUACUGCCAACGUGAAAGACAAUUCAUGGGAGUUUGGUGUUUUACGUUCCAUUGGUCUCUCUGUGAAUGCACUCAUUCGUGCCUAUAUUUAUGAAGCAUUAUGUUUGGUGGUUUCUGCAUUCCUUUCUGGAACUGUUAUUGGAUGCGUGAUUGCAUUGACUUUGACUGCUCAAUUUAAUCUCUUCUUGGAAAUGCCAUUCCAAUUUGAUUUUCCCUAUUAUUUAUUUAUUUCCAUGUUAGUAAUGGCUUUGUUGUGUGCCAUUUUUGGAAGUUAUAUUCCUGCAAGAAAUUUGAGAAAGAAGGAAAUUGCUCUUGUAUUGCGUGGAGUGGAUUAA